AUGUGGGAAUACUACGAAGGAAAAGUCAUCCUUAUUACCGGAGGCUCCGGUUUCCUAGGCACAACUCUGGUCUACAGAAUUUUGCAAAAGGCCCCCUGUUCCCAUAUCUUCUUGCUCUAUAGAAGAAAUCUCUCGAACCUUCGUGAAGUAUGGAAUCAAUGGCUACCGGAAGAGAUCGUUCUCAAAAUGCUAGAUCCAAAAAGAGUCACCAUAUUAGAUGGUGAUAUUACAAAGCCCGAGUGUGGAUUGCUUGUGAGCAAUAUCAACAUGUUAAGGGAUAAAGUCAACAUCGUCGUGCAUUGUGCUUCUUCCAUCAACCUGGUACAUCCGUUGGGGAGAAUUUCUCAGAACAUCAUUGGUGCGACUGAGUGGUUGGCCAAUUUCGCACUGCAGCUCACAAACCUAGAGCGCUUUGUCUAUGUCUCAACCGCAUAUACCAAUACUCACCUCUUCCAUGCGACACCCGAAGGGGAUGUUCGAGUGAAAGAACAAAUUUACCAGCUUUCCGCUACGCCAAAUGUGCAGCUGGAAUGGAGCGAGGUGCAGAAGAAGGGUUCAAGUGUUGAAUAUCAAUCGAACAAUUUUCCAUGGGCGUAUGCAUACGCAAAACAAUUGACUGAGCGGCUACUCUACGAUAUAUUUUCUUGCACCGGAAGUUCGCAUAAGCUUCUCAUUCUGCGACCGUCUAUUAUUGGCCCUGCGCAGAAGUACCCGUAUCCUGGGUUCAGCUUCCCGCUUUCCACCCCUAUGACAAUAUUCACUGCAGCAACCGCAUUGUGGCCGACCUUAUGGGCACGAAUUUCCACCCGGUACGAAAGACCCGAGACAGAGGCGACAAAUGAUGAAGUGCCAGUGGAUGUAGUCGUCGACCGUCUCCUAACCCACUUAGCUUUUGGGACAACCGGUCCUGUUCAUGCUGUCAGCGGGGGUCAUGCUCGCCGUAAGCUUCAUGACGUGUGGACUGAGGUAUGCCAGUUUCGACGAUGGCCAUGGGUUCCCCGCGUUGAAUGGUUGGCGGAUGAUUGGCAUUCUGACAAACAACAUUUUGUUGUGCGUCAAUAUGUGAUUUUGGGAACUUCGUUCUUGUUCUCUGACGACAAAACGACAACUUUGAGAGACAAUUCAAUUGAUAGAGACCUGCAAGGGCUUGAGCUUUUCACUCUCUCUGAGCGCCCGUCGCCUGAUAGCUCCCUCAAAAAGCACCAAAUAUGGCACUGCAUGGAGCGGAUUGGAAGAAGAAAUCUCAUGGCUCGGUGGAUGACGGUAUUGUUGUAUCGGUCAUAUAGGCUCAAGGAUCUCAAGAGGGAUAUCGUGAGAAGAUGUACUUGUUCUUAA